UCUAAAAAAACCCAAUGUAAAACAUGUACCACUGUGUGUUCCCUCCCUAGACCCGGACGGUGACUUUGUCCAGAUGUCCACUGAUGAGGAGUUACAAGAGGCUCUGACACAUAGCUCUACAGGACGGCUCAAAGUCUACAUCAAUGUAGUUGAUGGUCAAUCCGUCAAUGUGGAGCAGAUGAUGGAGGAAGAGGCGGAGCUUAGUACAGAUCCAGAGUCUGAGGUCACUCGUGUACGACACAACAGAGAGGUACCGGCUGCUGUCAAUCACGAGGGUUUGCCCCUCCCACACGGCACGCCCACUUCUCUGUACAGAAUGUUUGGACAGCAAGGCGGUCUUGGAUGUAGGAGGCGAAGAGGCCAGAACCACGGACUCUGGAAGAGAAGGCAAGAGUCACCGGCCGGGCCAUGUGGCCCAUGUGAUGGCCAGAGACAGAUGGCCCAAGGGCCACACGCUGGCGAGCGAGAGAAGAUCAUCGAAAAGCGAGACUGGAAGAAGGCGCUGAGGGAAUCUGUCCCCGUGAGCCAGCGUCGUUGGGCCAAGAUCUACGUCCACAACUGGAGAAAAGAAAACCUCGAGAACGUCAGCACGACGACAUCCAGCGACAGCGGGCAAGAGAAGAAGGGGAAGACCAUGACGAGGGAGGAGGCCGGAGUGCCGGAGGGUUACGAGGUCUGGCUAGUCAAGGUGCUGACCAAGUUCCACAAGAGAUGGGAGACAGCGGAAGUGUGUGCUGCGGGGCAUGAUGGGAGUGAUUCUGACGAGCGUGGCGCUGUCAACAAGAUGGCGACUCUCAGGAAAUCUGUGCCCGUGGAUUUCCGCCGGUGGAUGAGAUGGUACCUGGUCAGACGUUAUGGUAAACGAGCAGCCCCAGAGUUUAGAUGUGGCAGCCCUGGACGUAAAGGUCACAGAAUGGGAAAAGGUCAAGGAGGUUGUGAAGGUCACUCCGGAGGUGAAGGUCAGCGAAGAGGCAAAUUAGGUCUCCGAGGCUGUAAAAGUUUCCCAACGUGUGAACGUCCAACAAUGGACGAAAGUCGCCCAGGCUGCAAAAGUCGCCCACAAGGAUGUAGAAAAGACAAAGCUUCAAACCUGGGAGAGGAUGGCCGGGAGAAAUGGUGGAAGAAAUCCCAGGCCAGUGGAUUCAGGCCUGGUCACUUGGCAAGCCAGGUGUCCAGACAGAUUCGAUCGUGGACCAAACGGUUCAUCCUGACCUGGAGACUGGACCACCAGAUCCCCACCUCUGUACCCGCCCACCUCUCAGACUCGGAGAAGGUCAAGGCCAACAAUGUCAAGGACGCAGGAGUGCCUGAGGACUACGUCACGUGGUUGUUGAGGUUUCUGCCAAGAUGGCAUGUGAGGACGGGUCAGGUGGGCCAGAGCAAAGUGGACGUUCCAGAAGUGAGGCGGGGACAGUUGAAGGAGUUGGUCACCCGGGAGUUCCGAGACUGGGUCAAGCGUUACCUGUACAGACACUACAGUCACUGCCCGGCACAGAGCGGAGUGGAGAGGGGGGAGGAGGAGGAGGAACGAUACCGACGCUGGCUACAGGUCUUCAAGAAGAAAUGGCUAAUGCAACAGUUCACAUCCGGUGACCUUGACCCUCCGUGUCUCAGCAGCAGCGAGGAGGAAGAGGAGGAAAAAGGGGCAGCCACUGUCACCUCUGACCCCGACACGGACGUAGAGGUCAUGGAGUCCUCGAUGAAACGUCUCAGGCUGGGGCGGGAAAUCCCACAGAGAGAUGGUCACUCUGCCGUGACCGCCGGACGUGUCGAUCUUCCGGGUAGUGGCAGUGACGACAACGGAAACGACAAGUUUACAGGGAAAAUGGUGAGAUAUUUAAUGGAGACGAAGUCUGUGUCUUUAUGUUUUACCCUACGUGACGCAUAUCAAAACAGGUUUGUUAUAACAUUCUUGGAAAUAUGUCUUCCCGUUCUUAUUGUUGUUGCUGCUGCUGCAGUUGGUGUUGUUGUUGGUGUUGUUGUCGUCGUCGUUGUUGUUUGCGACAAGCUGAUAGCUGACGCUGCAAGCCUUAUGACGUUGUACUCUAGUCUCAAUUUCUCUGUUGAGACCCCCGUCUUCCGAGAGGAUAUACUGCCAAGAUACUUGAACUCGCUGACUUGUUUCAGCGGAGUUCUUCGAUGCUGA